AUGUCGGCUAGGGUGGAGCUUUAUGCGUGGGGGCACUCUGAUUCAGAUGAACGUAGUCGGUCGCCGUCGCCCGUCCUGUCCAUGCAGGACACUUCUUCCUCGACGCCGCCAUCGUCGCGUUCAUCGAUCGAUGAACGCGGCCACCGUGACUUGAUGCGAUGGAAUGAUCGCUUUCCAGUCACUACGCAGCCAUCGCGCGAUGUCAUCCUGCUCGGACUCGACGCUGAUGUGAACGCAGACAUGAUGCGCACACUCGUGACAGCUCUUGCCAACAUGGUCGAUGCGCGCCUCGCGCCUCCGCCACAGGAUGUGACCGUGAUCCGUGAUCGCAAUAAUGGUACCUCUAAGGGCUUUGGUUUUGUCAAGUUCAGCACCCUCGAAGACGCGAAACGCUUUGUAUAUUUGCACGCACCAUUCAUCUCGAACCCCGACACUUGGCUGGGCCCGGUGAAGCAAACGGGACUGCGCCGCAAACGCAUCAAAAUUGAUUUUAGCAAUAGCGAGAGACCGCAGGGCGGGCUUUCGUACUAUGAACAGCACAAUGCCCCUGACAGCAAGGACCAGCUCAAAAAAGCCCGAGCUCGUCGUGCCAAGCUGAUGGCGGGAGCCGUGCCUGCUCAUCAGCAAAUGGACUUGGCGAAUGAGAACGCCGGUCUACGCGACGCGUCUGCUUUUCCCACCGAUAUGCUUCUGCUCACGAAUGUGCGCCUUUCUGAAACUGCGUCGAGCAUCGGUGCUGUUCUCUGUCAGGCAAGUUCGGCCAUGGAGCAAGUGUUGCUUCUUCGAAGCAGGUCGACGAAAGAGUCCACAGGUCGCGUUUUUGUCGUGCUGCGCGACUCGGACGCAGCUAAAGCUAUGCUGGUCACUCUGCGUGACAGGCAAAAAGGCUACCUGUCUCUGCUUGGUGACAGUGUCAAGACAUCGUAUGCGGACGCCAUUGUCAUGGAAGAAGCCGAUCCAUUUGACCCGACGAACGCCGCCCACGUGUUUGAAGACCGAUGCGGUCGAACGUGGCGGUACGAGGACGAAUCACUUGGCUUGGACUUGUGGAAGCCUGAGGAUAUGUUGCCGACGAGUGCGCCUUCCUCGACAAGCUCAUCUGUGUCCGAAGCACACACACCGCCCCCUGCCCAUGGGCCUCUCGUCUCGCAUGCGCCUCCCGUCGCGACGGCAGCGCCAGAGCCGAUCAUGUCACACGGCACUUCGUACUAUAUGCCCCAGCCCGCCAUGAUCGCACCCAAGCCACCGCCUAUGUCGCAGCAUGCCGUUCUCCGCAUGCUCAACUUUUCCGAUGCAUCGCGUCGCAUUUGCGUGCUGUGCCAACGUCAGUUCCGCUCGAUGGAUAUGCUGCAUCGUCACACGGAAGAAAGUGCACUGCAUCAAGCUAACUUGAAUGAUGAGGCAGCAUGCCGCGCAGGCGCAGCUCGCAUGCUGUCCAUGCCGUCGAAUGUCAAGGAGAACGUGACGGCAACGCCUCUGCCGCCGCCCACCAUGAUGCUUCCGACGUUCGAAAAGAACGAGGCGAAAGUACUCGGUAUGCGCCCAGCCCUGCAGCAAGUUGGCUGGAACGCAUCUCCCACGCAAGCAUGGACCAUGCCGUCCUUUUCGAUACCUCUAGUUGCGUCUUCUUGGCCCGCCAUGUAA